AUGCAGACUGCAGCUUGCUCGACUGCAGCUAAGCCUAAUCAGCAACAGAAACCGCAGCCUCAAUCGUCAAUUUCGGCUUAUUCAGAGGCCGCCGCUGCCACUGCCACAGAAAUGGAUUGUGAAGAGCCGGGUACAGAGACGGUGACAGUGGCUGCUGUAGAUGCGCCCAUUGACUACAGCGAGUACACUGAAGAGGAGUUAGAAUUGAUGCAGAGCCUUUUAGAGGAGAAUUCCGGGGGUAACCGCGUUUGCCCGGCAAACAUAGAUCCUCCUCCCCCUACAGACCAUACGACACGUGCGCGUUGCUAUGGUCUCAGCUCCCCUCAGGCGUUUCCAAAUCACUCCGGCAAAUCUUCUAGUCCCGAGAUCAACAGAGCCCCUUCGAGCAAUAGUCCUGUUGAUGACUCUGCAGACCACAUGUCAAUCCAACUGGAGUGUAGCAGAACACGCCCCAUGUCGCUACCUUCCAUGGAGAACUCGCCGGAGAACUCCCCACCCGCCUCGCCCAGACAUAGUCAUCCCGAGUCCUAUUCGCUUUCCGCACCUGCCUCUAUCAGUUCGCAACCGGAAUUGGUGAUUUCCCGGAAGAUUCAAAGCGCUGCCACUGUCGGCAACGAGGAUAUAUCAGUUCUGGUUCAAAAGAUCCGCGUACUGGAGCGUCGUGUUUCCAAGUUAAUGCAUGUGGUUCAGGCCCAGGGCAAUGCUCUACGUGACAUGUCAGCCAGGUGGCACCAUAAAUUAAUUCUCUGCUGCCCGCGUUCCUCCUUCAUCCAUCCCCUCUCUCAAAAAGCUGAAGACUUUCCUGUAAAUAUGUAUGACAAGCCCUUUCUGUUUUACUGCCGACCGCCUGUGGUUGUGUGGGUGCAUCGGCAAGCAGGCGCGUUCUGCAUGGAUGACUGUGCGUUAUGA